UCUUGGGGGGCGAGGUUGAGAGGGAGGGUGACGCCAAGAAGGGAGAGAAAUACAUGCAUCAAUAGGUUAGGCAACAUAUUUCUCCUCCUGCGAUCCCGUUAUAACGUUGUCUACUCUGUCAACACGGAGGAGAUAGUGGGAAUUUAAAGAGCCAGGAGAUCUGAUGAAGAUGAAGACAGUCAGUGUGGUGGUGCUGAGCUUGCUGCUCUGCUCAGCUCUGUCGGCCCCUUUGAAAGGUAAAGAAGACUCCCAGAAGACCAUGUUCUUUGGGGAGGACUUCCAUCUGCUGCUGCCCUCCCUGGCUGCAGAGGUUUUGUUCCAGCCCAGUAAUGCCAAGGCGGGGGUUGAGGUGGUCCUGAUGCGGGGUGGGUCCGUGGUCGGUAACCGUGCCAAGCUCAACAGUCAGCUCAGUCACCUGAUCCUAGCGAACGUGGGCGAGGGGGACGAGGGGACGUACUCGGUGAAGAACAACGAACAGCCGGAAGAGGUCCGACGCAUCACACUCAUCGUCAGAGACUGUUCCAACGAGCAGAACAUUAAGUAUGGGGAGAACUACCACAUCCAGCUGGUGGGGUUGGAGGCUCCCAUCACCCUGGAGUAUAGGCCCAGUGCUGUGGAGGCCAACCUGACCUCCAGGCCGCCCCUGGUGCUGAUGACCCGAGGAGUGCUCUCCAGAGACGGGUACCAGGGGCGCCUGAGUGUCAACGAGCACCGGGUCACCCUCAACGCCGUGACAGGCGCCGAUGAGGGAAGCUACACCGUCAGAGACACGAACCUGAAGAUCAUGAGGAAGGUCUGCCUAAAUGUCAAAGAACACCAGAACUUUGUGAAGCUGCCGUACGCUGGCACCCUGAAGAUCAACCUGAUUCUGAAUGCCUCCAUGGUGCGUCUGUUCUACACGCCCGACUACGACUUAAAAACCAGACAGAUCCUGGACGGGGGAGAGUUAACGGUGCCAGCAGACCUGGAUCUGGUGGGGCGGAUCUCUCUGGAUCCGUCUGUGGUCAUCCUGGACCAGGUCAAGGCCAGCGACGUCGGACAGUUCAAGGUCACGGACAUACUGGGGUUUCCUGUGUCCAACGUCUACCUGGAAGUGGAGGCCUACAAGCUGCCGUCCCUCUACGUGGCAAUCAUAGCACUGGUGGGCUUCCUGGUCCUCCUGCUGUUGGUGUGUCUGCUGUCCUGCCUGGUCAAGCAGAAGAAGAGGGCAGCCAAGGCCCGAGCCAUCGAGAAGAUUGCCCAAAACGCAGGCAAGGAGGACGAGGGAGAUGCCUUCAGACAGGUGGUGAAGAACAUUACUCAGUUUGAGGAGUCUAUAGCCCAGUCCAUCGACAUCACAGAGAAGUCUCAGAGCACUGAGGUGGACAUUAAAGGUCUGGAGGUGUCAUCCAAGGAGGUGGCAUGUGGUAACCUGGAGACCAGUGACUCAGGGGUGGAGUUUAACACCACUGGCCUGCCAUUGGACACUGACACUGACGUCCCCGACCAGAUUCCAGAAUCAGAGGCUGAGACUGAGAGUGUUGCCUUCGUCCCAGAAACCAAGCCAAGCCCACCCCCGGUUACCAAACCUAGCCCGGUUACCAAAAUCAACAAAAUCCCUGAACCAGCUCCUGAACCAAAGUUGACCAUAACCAAACCCGUUGAGACCAAACUCAGCCCAAUCCCAAGCCCGGUCUCCAAGCAGGCUCCAAGCCCCAUUGCCAAAACACCUGAACCAGCCAAAACUCCUGAACCGAAAAUACCUGAAUUGAAAACACCUGAACCAACCAAAACUCCUGAUUUGAAAACUCCUGAUCCGAAAACACCUGAAUUGAAAACACCUGAACCAGCCAAAACACCUAUUGCUGUGUCUCCAAGCCCGGUGUCCCCUAAGCCAACACCACCCCUGACCCCUGUCUCCAAACCAACUGCACCCCAACCAUCAACCCCCGAACCCGCCAAGCUGGUGACACCAGCCCCCGAACUCCCCAAGCCAGUGACACCAACCCCGGAAUCCCAAAAGCCUGUGACACCAAUCCAGACUCCGAUCCCAACCCCAAUGCUGAGCCCUGAACCUGCUCCGACCACCAAUGGCACACCCGAACCACCAGCACCUGAAUCCAAACCUAACACUGCUCUGGCCCCAGUGGGUCUGAUCGAAAGUCCUGUCGCCAAGGCAACCCCGCCUAAAACCCCUGAGGUGGAGGUGACCGCCCCAAGUAGUCCAGCCCUUGAGGCCAAAAUGGACGCCCCAGCUGAGGAAAACAACGCCACCACCGCAACCUGAGAACAGUCCCUGCACUCCUCCAAGGGAAACCCCACAGAUCCAUUAUCCUAUUCUCCUCCACCACUGUAGACAGACAAUCGAACACCCCCCUUACCAAAUAAGGAAGAAAUCACUGCUACUAUCGAGGCUGGGACUUAGAUUUAACACUUCUAAUGCUCAAACAUGCUGUAGUUUGUUAUGAUAGCUAACUCACCUGUACCUAACACUAACAUUAUCUUUGAGAUACUUUUUUCAAUUCACAGAUACUUUUCACAAGAUAGGAAAUAUAAGCAAGCGAGUCCAUUUUGUCAGACGUUUUAGCUGUUGUUGUUUAUUUUUUACAUUUCUAUGCUGCAUACUCUUUUUUUAGUGUGUAAACUAGAGCAUGACUGCCGGUCUGCCAACAAAAUCAGUUGCAGAGUUUACAAGUAAAAUGUUAAACCUAGCUACUUUAGAUAUGUUUUAUUUUGAGGUGUGCAGAAUGGUUCCACACCCUUUUACAAAGAUAUAGGAACUUUAGAAUGGCAAGUGAAUAUGACUCAAUCUAAUUCAACUACAUCUAUGACCACCUACUCCAUUUGUGGAAUGAUAAAACCUUUGAUGAUGCCUGCUCUAAUCUCAGCAUGUGAAAAAACAGACCAAAACGAAAGCACGAACAGCUCGUAAAUUUGCAACGGACAUUUUUUAAAUCUCAUAUGAUGAAACCAAUGCCAUGAUUUAUCCCCCCCAAGGACUUAUAAAAGUGACUAUGACAUAACAUUCUCGUCAAACUGGAUGAAUUAGAAUCUACUUUCUAUCAAACUGGACUGGAUUCCUUCAAUCUCCUUGUGACAUUCUCUAUACGUUUUCCUGAAACCUGGGAAUCCGAGAAUCUGGAAUUUUCCUGCUGGUCCUCUGCCGUCCUAUAGAAACAUCUAGAAAGCUUGAAUGAUGAAACAUUCUGAUACAAAGGAGCAUGGCAUUAUCCCAGCAACACUAAUACCUGAAUGCUGAACUCUAACAUCAAUACCUUCUGCUAAACUAAGUCUAACUUUUAUUUAAAAUGGAUGUCUCAUGUGAUUGUGCUCCCAACUACUUGAGAGGCUGUAUUGGUUAUAAGGUGUUGACCAACUCUGACUGUCCCAGUGGAUCUCUAGAAUCAGAUUAAUCAAAGAGAAAGAGCUUGUUUUGAUCCUUGACCUCACCCCAGGACCUGAAGACCCCAAGGACACACCUCAGCACUUUAAGCAAUCCCCAGUGAAUCUUGGGAAAUGUAGUGCUGAUUGUUAUUCUGCUGACUACAACUAUGAGAGUGGGAGAGGGAGAAGAGGAGGGGUCUGGUGAGUGAUGUCAUUGGCUUAGUCCUAACAUUUAAAAAAGGAAUCCUCCCUCUUCUAUGUUCACUUCUGUCCUUCCUUCUGUCCUUCCUUCCUUCUGUACUCCCUCUUUUCCUUCCUCUCUUGCUUGCAGCAGGUGGUGAAGUACAGUAUUAUGGCAUGGUUUCAUCUGGCUGAUAGAUGUAGUUUUACUGUAGGUCCUGCCCUCUUGACUUCUCAUUUAUAGAUUAUGGGUCAGCCUUUAUACCCCAUGAUGACUUAUAAAAGUACAGUAUGAAAGUAUAGUCUUCCCUGAGAUAAUAGAACAGACCCAUGUCAGACUAUUCCUUGCCUACACACAUCUACAUGCAUUACAGUCGUCUAUGAACUACAUACUGGAGGCCAACUGUAGAUGUGUUCCACGACUCUGUUGCCUAGUAUGGUGAUCUCACAGUACAGUAGACAUGUAGUUCUGGUUAUUUGCUCCAGCCUAAAACAGACACUUCACAAAUGAACCCACUAGCAUCCAUCCACAGCACUGGAUAUGAUGUCAAGGCAUGGGUUGAUGUGUUCUAAUAGCCUACCCUAUUGCCAUUGGUCUCUCUGACUGCCCUAAAAAGGUCCUGCGAGAACUUCACUAACUAUUAACUCACUGUACCACCAUCUCCAGGACUGUGCCAUGACGCCAUCUGUCUUUAGUUGCUUGAAGCUAUGUUGCUCUAGCCUAGAUUUACAGUGCAAUAAGACUUCGCUGGUGGUUAAAACUCCUGUAGCCGCUAUGUGUUACAAGAGGAGGUGUGCAGAUACAUUUUGCUUAACAAAAGACAUCUCUACCUCAGUGUUUUAACUGACCGUCGUGACAGACACCAUGAAUGGUACAUUGAGUUCAGUGGACUACAUCUAAAAGCAUUUAGGAUAUUUAAGAGAAGCACAAAUAGGAGCCGUUUUAAGUUAACCAACACAUCAAUCAGUUGUUGGAACACAUAGAAAGUACAUUCAACUUCAAACGAUGGCCUUUCUCUUUCUAAACACUUCCACAAUUCUAAGACAUUUUUUAAUGCUAAAAUGAAUAUGAGAAUAAAAUGAAAGUUAAAAGCCAUAUGGUAAGAUAGUGAUAUAGAUGUUAUGAUUAGUACAGUAUAUGAAUCAUGAUGAAUACAGUAUGAAUACUUUAGUGUUUGAGGUGCCUAAAUUCUUUGCUAUAUUGUCAAUCAACUGAUGUAAGUGAUAAAAGGUCAAUGAUUAUGUAAAAUUAUACCACUGAAGAGAUUUGGCCCCAAUCUCAAUCACGAUCUCAAUCUCGAUCUCGAUCGCAUUGCUCGUCAAGCUCUGUUGUGUGGAGCCAUAACACCCAUUUAGGCAAUACUAAAAGCAGUGUUUAGCUGUUUCUGCACACACACACACACACACACACACACACACACACACACACACACACACACACACACACACACACACACACACACACACACACACACACACACAAACACAAACACACACACAAACACUCCCUUAUGACCCUGCUGACGAGGUUCAGCAUUGUAAAUAUUGCAUGUGUAAGGUUUUAAACGUCUCCUCUCAAAGGUUGAAUGUGUUUAGUGUAUAGAAUGGUCGUUGUAUUAUACUUGAUGAUAUAAAAAAGCUAAUCUAAUUUCUCACCUGUGCAAAGCCUACAUGCUGAUUAUUGAAUAUACUGUACACACACACUAAUCUUCACUAACUUAUAAAAUACUAACUUGAACAACUGAAAAUGGUAAACACAACUGAAUAAGUGCAUAUUUUUCGCAUCACAGAUCUUCGAAUAGAUCUCUAAGAUAUUUUGAUUGGAUUAACUUUUAUUAGUACUAUUUCAACCCUAUGAUGAUAACAUUCACAGUAUAACACCCUUACAUAACUUAUAUAUAUAUAUAUAAAAAAAUACAGAAUGAUCUAUGUCACUUUAAAGAUAAAGACGUUUAAUUGCAGCAUGUCCACAUGAUCUCCUCAAAGACAGUAUUAUUAUUAUUCAUAUUUUUCUGCUUUUAUAAAAGCUGUCUGUGUGUGUGUGUGUGUGUGUGUGGAGGAUUGAUCAGUCAUAGUGUUAUCUUCAUCCUAACGUGUGUGUGUGUGUGUGUGUGUGUGUGUGUGUGUGUGUGUGUGUGUGUGUGUGUGUGUGUGUGUGUGUGUGUGUGUGUGUGUGUGUGUGUGUGUGUGGAGGAUUGAUCAGUCAUAGUGUUAUCUUCAUCCUAACGUGUGUGUGUGUGUGUGUGUGUGUGUCUGUGUGUGUGUGUGUGUGGAGGAUUGAUCAGUUAUAGUGUUAUCUCCAUCCUAAUGUGUGUGUGCGUGUGUGAUCGUACCUGAGUGAGUGCGUUGUGCGUGUGUGAUCGUACCUGAGUGAGUGUGUUGUGCGUGUGUGAUCGUACCUGAGUGAGUGCGUUGUGCGUGUGUGAUCGUACCUGAGUGAGUGCGUUGUGCGUGUGUGAUCGUACCUGAGUGAGUGUGUUGUGCGUGUGUGAUCGUACCUGAGUGAGUGCGUUGUGCGUGUGUGAUCGUACCUGAGUGAGUGCGUUGUGCGUGUGUGAUCGUACCUGAGUGAGUGCGUUGUGCGUGUGUGAUCGUACCUGAGUGAGUGUGUUGUGCGUGUGUGAUCGUACCUGAGUGAGUGUGUUGUGCGUGUGUGAUCGUACCUGAGUGAGUGUGUUGUGCGUGUGUGAUCGUACCUGAGUGAGUGUGUUGUGCGUGUGUGAUCGUACCUGAGUGAGUGUGUUGUGCGUGUGUGAUCGUACCUGAGUGAGUGUGUUGUGCGUGUGUGAUCGUACCUGAGUGAGUGUGUUGUGCGUGUGUGAUCGUACCUGAGUGAGUGUGUUGUGCGUGUGUGAUCGUACCUGAGUGAGUGUGUUGUGCGUGCCCGUGUUGUGUGCGUGUGACACAUCAUUUUGUAUCUGUGUCUAGGUAUAAGCCUCUAGCCUAUGUGUGUGCAAUGAGAAAAGAAAAUCACAAUUUCAGCUGUAUGACUUCACAUAUCCUUGCUUAGAAAUGAUUGUCCUCAAUGAUCUGCUUAUCAUCUAACAUUUGUUUAGAAAACUCUCUGUGUUUGUCCAGACUCAGUAUGUGGUUAACAUCACACAAACCUGCACCUCUGAGGUGCUCUACACAGGAUGACUCUCAUCUUUGAUUUAGUGCCUCAAAUAUGAAAUCAAAUAUUCAAUGGCUAGUCAGCCUAUAUUCUAUAAAUACACUCAAGAGGCACCGUUUGGUUUAUAUGAUGUAGGUCUCAGACUAAACAGAGGUAAAGUACUAUGUGCAGACCUGACUACCUUAUAGGUCUACUGUACUGUAUAUAGAGACACAACACAGUCAGGAGAUACAGAAAAUUGUAGUCAGGACAGGAAGUGUUUAAUAUAAUGCACUUCGACACUCAGUGAUGAUUGGAAGAGUGAUAAAUUACCUAGUUGCUUGGUAUUUGGUUAUCAGGGUUUAUUUGAAUGUGCAUUAGCAUGAGAUGAAUAACAUAUUGAAGUGUAACUUGGUGAGACAGUAACUGUUGUACAACUUGGGAAUUCAGUGGCACUAUUUGUAUGUAAACAGCAGGUUGAAUUCAAAAUGGAUGCCAAAGCCUCAAACAGUAUUUGAGAUCUAGCCCUCCUGAAGUGGAACUGAGAUGUGCAUGUGGAUGAAUUUGACAUGUUUUAUACCACUACUGUAUUAUAGCGCUUUGCAAAAGAGGGGGUAAUGUAACAAACCCACCUCCUAGUGAGUCAACUCUAUUUGGAAUGGUUGGUUAGUGUCUGGGUCUUGGGACCAGAAGGUUGUGGGUUCAAUUCCCCCCCUGGCUGGGACAGACCCCCCCCCCCUUCAAAUUCACUCCAGUGUUCUCAUUGGCGUUCCUUGCACUAUGUGAGUGAUCUCUCUCUGCCCUGAUUCUGAUUCUGUCUGUUUACUCCUUCUGCUGUGAUGGAGUGUGUAGCGCUCUGUAGUCUGUUGAUCUCCCUCCUCCCUUUUUUCACAACACGACACACAGGCGUUUUGUAAAGGAAAGGUGUUAUUUUCUUUAUUUCAUGUCUAAAAAAAAUAUACGAAGAAUAAACAAAAGAUUAUGAGAAAAAUA